AGAAAUGUGUGUCGGACCGCUUAUCUUGUACGAUUGCAUGCACAAAUUGCGUGCAUCCGUUUAUAUGUAGCGAGUCUGUGGUGCAUCUGAUAAAUAGACUGGCAAGAGGAGAAACUCGUUUUGUUUGUCAGCGAUACUGUUUUGAGAAAAUGAAUCGAAGAGAAGAUUACGAUUCCUACGACAUCGAGGAGCCUAGCGACGAGGAGGGCGCAGAGAGCAGCUCCGAGGACGAGAUAGACGUGCUCCUUCACGGCACGCCAGACCAGAAGCGCAAGCUGCUCCGAGAGUACCUGACGGGGGAAAGCGCGUCUUCCAGCGAGGAUGAGUUUGAGAAGGAGAUGGAAGCGGAGCUCAGCUCCACCAUGAAGUCCAUGGAAGGCACUUGGGUCGCUCCGGCAGCACCAGCAGCAGCAGAUGAACCAUCUGGCAGUGGACAGCCGAGUGCAGACAGCAGGGUGGACUGUGGGGGCAGCAAGCAGCCAGAAUACUAUGACGACAUUUACUUUGACUCGGACUCGGGAGAUGAGGACACAUCGGAAAAGUGUAAUGCGGUAGGCAGGAAGAAAAAGAAGCGGCACAGAAUUCCCACGAACGAUGAGCUGUUGUACGAUCCCGAUGAGGAUGACCGGGAUCAGGCCUGGAUGGAUGCUAAACGGAGGGGGUACCAAGCCCAGAGGCAACAGAAAAGUCAUUCCUCCGGGAAGGCAGCGAAGCCGCAGCCUCUUCCGAGCAGCGAUGCGGUCCUGAACUGCCCGGCGUGUAUGACUACACUGUGCAUCGACUGCCAGAGGCACGAGAAGUACAGAACGCAGUACAGGGCCAUGUUUGUGAUGAACUGCGCCGUGAACAAGGAGGAGGUUUUGAAGUAUCAGGUUCCCUCGGCUCGCAGGAGGAGGAACAGGGGGAAGAAGCAGCAGCAGCCCAGCGAGGACACAGCCGCCGCCGCCGCCGCCCCCUCGGAGGUCUUCCACCCGGUGAAGUGCACCGAGUGCUCCACAGAGGUGGCGGUGUUUGACAAGGACGAGGUCUACCACUUCUUCAACAUCCUCGCCAGCCACUGUUAAAAACACAAACUCGUUUCUUUUAUACCGUCUGAAAAAGAUGGGAUCGUUUGAUUUUAAUUUCCCCCUUGCGAGGCCUAAAAGAUCUCAAAAUUUGACCGUUGUAUCAAACCUGGUUGGUAUUUUUGUACAUUUGAUAUAAAUGGUAGUUGGGGCUAUAGCUCUUGUGGACGUUAGAAACCAGGGUUGAGACGCAGCCUGCGGGGGAUGUAUUUCUUUCUCUGACCAUGACUGAUACCUGCUGUCGUACUGCUUUGAAAGAAACCUCAGUUUUUGUUUUGUAACAUUUUGGUCUGUUUGUGAAAAUGCAUCUGUUUUGCUGUAAAUUGUAUGAGCUUCUACCACCCAGGAAAUGUUAGAGGGUAUCAGUGUCAUAACUUGAAAAGGUUUGAAUGUUGAAUCUUUUUAGGCUUGUUUUAAAGUGUUCAUUUGACCUUGUUCUAUCAUGAUACUGAUAUAUUUUGAUACAAUAGAUACAGGCUUGGGGCUCUCAGUAUAUGUAUCUAAUUACAUUAAAAACAGCUGUGAGAAAAAUGAGA